AAAUUACAACAAAAAAUGAAAUCAUCAAUAGACAUAUUACAAAAUGAAAUAAAAGAAUCUAAAAGUUUUGUAAAAAUAUCAAAAUCAGAUAAAAAUUUCAGUACUUCAUUAACAAAAAACAAUUUCGAUAAUUUUAUUAAUUGUAAUUUAAAUAAUUUUACUACAGAACAAACAUCUAUUUCUACACCUAAAAAAUUAUUUUCUAAUAAUGAAAAUAUUUUUACUGUAUCAAAUCAUAAAUCAGAAAUAAGUGAAACCUAUGAUGAAUUAGCAAUAUUAUUUGCACAAUACAUGAAACUUCAAACUCGAUUAUGUCAAAGAAAAUAUUGUUCUUUAAAACGAUAUUUAAAACAACAAACACAACAUACUACAAGGAAAUGUCAAAUAAGAUUUAAUUAUCAUCGCAUAUAUCCUUAUGAUCAAAGACCAAUGUGCAAUAGUGGAAAUAUAUGUAUAGACACAUAUGACGAAUUAAAAUUAAUGUCUACAUCACCAGCAGAAAGAAAAAAUAUUUAUCAACAUAUGUUUAAAAGAAGAAAGCAUUUUUUAAAUCAACCAUGCAUUUUAUCUCUCUCUAAUUAAAAUCUUACAAUAUUGAAAUUAAAACUAAAA